UAAGAUAUCAUCUCAAUUCUACCUCUGAUUAGGGCGUCAGUCUAUAUAGUAGUAGUGCUCCCUAGGGAGAGAGUAGAUAUAGUACGCGUCCCGCUCGUAUCCAACGUGACCAGCUAACUGCACGCUCUCUCUCUCUCUCUCUCUACCAUUCUACAACCAACAACACUCUCACCAUGAACCCCUCUAAUUCCACCCCCAUCCACCCUUUCCACCCCGCCCAAAUCACCUUCCCCACCUUCACCACCCUCCUCGCCCACUAUCCUGCCACCGUGGAGGCCCGCGCCCGCCGCAAAGCCACCGACAAGAUCCUCCGACCGCGAGGCAAGAAGCAGAGUAAGGCCCCAGCCUCAGCCCCAGCCCCAGAUCGCUCGGAACCCACUCCGGCCCAGCGCGCACAGAUCCAGGCCGAGGUCGACGAGAUUUUGGAUCUGGAUGCGUUUCGGUAUGAGGUGCUUCCGGGGAGGGUGAGGGAGAGAGAGAGAGCUGAUUAUGGGGAGGAGGGUGGACAUGGACAUGGGUAUUUGGAGAAGGAGGAAUUGGUGAAGUUGGUGCAGUGGAAGAUGAAACAUGGCAUCUUCCGCCCCGCCCUCCUCGGCCUCAUCCGCUCGAACCCCGACAGCCUGGUCAAGACGGCCACCGCGCGGGCCUUCACCCUCCUCGCUAGCGAAGCCAAGGAUAGUGAUAGUUCAUUUCCAACACAAAGCCUCGACGCCCUGAUCAAGCCACUGCGGGGCGUCGGGGUGGCCACGGCGUCGCUGGUGCUGGGUCUGAGCGGCCGGGUGCCGUUCUACAGCGAUGAUGUGUAUCUGUGGGUGUGUUUGGGGGAGUGGAGGAGUGAGGGUGGGAUUGAUGGGGAUGGGGUGGUGGAGGAGAGGGUGCGCAAGGGGGUGUAUAAACGGGGGAAUGGCGAGUUGGAUGUCAAGUAUAAUCUGGGGGAGUAUCGGGGGUUGUGGGAGGGGGGAUGGGGGUUGAGGGGGAGGUUGGGGGAGGUGCAGUGGACGGAGGUGGAGAGGGUGGCUUUGGUGGUGAGGUAUGGAGAUGAGAACGAGAAAGAGGAACAGAGUAAGAAGGGGGGGAAGAGAAAGCAAGAUGAUACUACUCCUACUACUACUACUGCAAGACGCAGGAGCAAAAGGCUGCAACGAUGAUAAUUCGCCAUCGGACUUUUUGAUGGUGUCAGGGCCAGUGCCAGUCUGUAACUAUACAUUUGACAGAUGGAUAUAUGGAUAUCCGUAUGGAUGUAUGGAUGUAUCACCCCGUAUCAGUACCGUCGGUUCUUGACUCCUCAGGCACCGGCGAGAAUAUCCCCUCCAACCAUCACAACUUCUCCUCUUCUUCUUCUUCUUCUUUUCUUUUUCUCUCUCCUCUGCAACUAGCCAUCCUCAUGCAUCAUCUCCAAUCUCCCUAUCAUCCAUCAUACGCGUCACCCUCCAGUCUCCGCAUCCCCGGCCAAUAACUCGCCUCCAUCACGCAACCUCCCAUGCACCCUCAUCUCCCCUCCCCAUCCGCCCAGUACUGUCCUCCAAUCUAUUUCCGGCCCCGGCCAGAUAUCUGCCUGCCUGCUAAAGUAUACGCCGUCCUGACCCCCUCCUCGUUCCCUGGGUCCUUCUUA